GGCUGCAGUAUUCAAAGGCACAACAGAGGCGAAUCUUCAAUUUUCAUCACUUGCAUAAUUGAGAUUUUCAAUUUGUUAAGAUUUAAAGAUCAGUUAAAUAAUUGACGCGAUGAAAUUGCCACUUAGCCAGCAGAAAGGCUUCUUUGCCGAAUACUAUCUGAAGUUGCGGGCAGCGGGUGGCGCCACCUGCGAAUCGGAUAUAGCCAAAUUGUCCACAUGUGGCAACGAUGACGAGCGCGUGGCCUACGUCGAUCAGCUGAGCUGGGUGCGUGACGGCGAUGCGGAGCUGCAAGUGCAACGUGAGUUCAACGGCAAGAGUCUAACUGCAUCAGCGGAGCUGAAGGAACGUGCAACUGUCUCGUUCAAGCAGAAGAAAUGGAUCGAAGCCAUGCUGCUGUACAGCAGGAGCUAUGUGGCACUGCCCAACGACAAGGUUCUGGAGCGCUCCAUAGCGCUGGCGAACCGCUCGGCGACGUUGUACCACAUGCAGAAGUACUGCGAGUGUUUGGUGGACAUCAGACGGUCCCUGGAGCUGGAGUAUCCCAAGGAUCUCGUUUACAAGCUGUACGAGCGUCAAGCCCGCUGUUACGUGGCCCUCAAGGACUAUCCGCGCACAAUCAGUGCCUUCAAGAAAUGCAUCACUGCGAUGGAUGACUCAACGCUGCCCGCCGACAGACGCUCCAAGCUGCAUCUGGAUGCGAUGACCAUGAUCAAGAUGCUGGAGCGUGAUCCGCGUACGGGAAAACAAGCUGCCAGGCAGGAGAAGUUGGCCAAAACCAAUUUCAAGUAUGAGGAAAAGGCACAAGCCCUGCCGGAUGAGAAGGAGUUCGUCAGCUCGCUGGUUCGCAUCGAUCAGAAUCCGCAGGAGGGCAGAUUUGCUCGGGCCGCUGCCGAUGUUCAGGUGGGGCAGGAGCUGCUCGUCGAGCAUCCCUAUGUGGCGGUAUUGCUCGAGAAAUAUGCGCACACCCACUGCGAAUAUUGCUUUGUGAGAACCGUUGUGCCCGUUGCCUGUCCCGGCUGCUCGGAUGUGAUCUACUGCUCGGAGCAGUGUCAGCAGCGAUCGGCGGACAAGUAUCAUAAAUAUGAGUGUGGCAUCUUGCCGAUCAUCUGGCGCUCGGGUGCCUCCAUUAACAAUCAUAUGGCGCUGAGGAUUAUUGCCAGCAAACCGUUGGAUUACUUUCUGCAGCUGAGGCCAAGCUUGGACGAGGAUCUGUCGCUGGAGCAGCUAUUAAGCCUGCCCAAGGACGACUUUCGGCGUGUGGCGCACCUGGAGCGUCAUCAGAAGGAGCGAGCAGCGUCGAAUUUCUUUCAGUACGUGCUGAUGGCACGCUUCCUCACCCGAUGCCUGCAAUCGGCUGGCUACUUUGGCACUGAGCCUCAGCCGGAUCAGAUCAGGACAAUUAACGCCUUGCUGUUGCGCAGCUUGCAGUUUAUUCAGUUCAAUACGCACGAGGUGGCAGAGCUGCACAAGUACAGCUCGGAGGGCAGGGAGAAGUCCAUCUUUAUUGGCGGUGCCAUUUAUCCGACUCUGGCGCUCUUCAAUCACUCCUGUGAUCCGGGCGUGGUGCGCUAUUUCCGUGGAACCACCAUUCACAUUAAUAGUGUGCGCCCCAUCGAGGCUGGGCUGCCCAUCAAUGAGAAUUAUGGCCCCAUCUACACGCAGGAUAAGCGUGAGGAUCGCCAGGCACGGCUGAAGGAUCUGUACUGGUUUGAGUGCAAUUGCGAUGCUUGCCUGGACAAUUGGCCGCUCUUCGAUGAGUUGCCCCGGGAUCUGAUUCGAUUCCGUUGCGACGCGCCCAACAAUUGUGCGGCAAUUAUUGAGGUGCCGCCCACCUGCAAUGAUUUCAUGAUCAACUGCGUGACCUGCGGCGAGACGACCAACAUACUCAAAGGACUCAAGGUUAUGCAGGACACCGAAAUGAUGACACGCACAGCCAAGCGGCUCUACGACACCGGUGAAUACUCCAAGGCAUUGAACAAAUUCGUCGAUCUACUGCGGAUCAUGUACGAGGUGUUGGCGCCACCAUUUCCCGAUUUCUGUGAGUGCCAGCAGCACUUGAAAGAUUGCUUCCUGAAUCUGGGCAAUGUGUACAAGCUGGACUAGGGAUUGCAACCAUCUUUAUGAGCUGAUUGUUGAAUUAGGAUGCUUUCAUAUUGGGUAUAUAGUAUUGUCAUUAUCGGGGCAUCUUU